GGAGGAGGGACCCUUUCGCCACCAGAUAGCCAGGAACCAUCGCCGGAAGCGUCUGCCUUGCAUUCUUCCACCUAAGUAAUCUCUGUCUGACAUUCCCAGCAUUGAAACCGGCAACAAGCGAUAUGAUGUAACGGGAGGUCUUGGGCCUUGUUACUGAGUAUGGCUAGAUCAUUGCCAAAAGGCGACGCGAGCUUGCUCUCAGCAGGAUAUGUACGAAGGGCAGCUUGAUUGCCCAGGGGUCCUAUAAACAAAGAUUACAUUCCCGUCCACACCAUCAGCAUUCCUCUUCUCUGCCCGUGUGUUCGCUUCCUUCUUUCCGACACAUCGCGUUGCCACUCAUUGUCUGUUCACUUCUCACCGUACGUGCCUUGCUGACGCUCAUUCAUUCUUAUCCUUCGAUAUUUUCGUCUCCAAUCUGGCAUUCCAAAUCUACAUCGCUCCCAUGGAGCCGUGUGGUCAUAUCUCGCCACCUGUAUUGCCGUCAAACGCGCCAGCUCUCUCUCCUCCCAUUUACGGGGGCCAUUCGUCGAGGGCGUUGCAAGAGAGGUCGAGUAAUGCACAACGUGACGGGUAUGAGCAAGACCUGAGGAAGAUAUCGGAUGCGUCGUCGACAGAGAACCGCUAUGGCAAGAUGUCACCAAGUCUUGCAUCACAUGAGCAUCCUGCGGAUCAGGAAAAGAAGAAAAGCGACAGCCCGGCCGAGAGAGAGUUUGCUGCUCUAUGGCGCCGACUUGAGAGCUCCGAGGCGUACAAGAAGUAUCGUGCAAGACAGCCUCGAGAUGCCAACGAGCAAGAUCAGAAGUGGCCGGAGCAUAUGGAGGCUGCCUUCUUUCGGGCUCUAGUCAAGUACGAGCCCAUGGGUCGACGAAAGCAAACGCUGAACGGGACAUUGCGUGGCCGCAAUGAACUCAUCGCAGACGAGAUCUUGAAGCUCACAAAAGAGAAACGUAACCGCAAGCAAGUGUCGAGUCAUCUCCAAGUUCUUAAGACGCUCCUCAAGAACGACCCCAUGAUCAUGAGAUAUUUGUCCAAGGAAGACUUUCAAGAUCGCAAGCGACGGCCCUCUUGUGCGCACUUGUCCCGUCGUCGUCGUCGCCCACAUACCGCGCAGGCGGCCGCUAUAUCCAACGCAACUUAUCAAGCGCUCUCCUUACCUUGGCAAACGGAGUCCCUAGCAGAAACUCCGUGUUUAGCAUCGCCCGACUCCCCCAUCCCCGCUCCGCUCUGGUCAGGCACUCUCAUGCCUUCACACUUUGACGUAUAUGUCCGCGACUCAUACAUGCGCGCUAUCCACACGCACACGUCAUUCUCCGCAAGCCCACAAGGCGAUGACGUCCGCCUCGAGUCUCUGCCGAAUCUAGCUUCCGCCUACCCUCCGCUCGCCGAGCUUGUUUCCCAGACGAACCUCGCCGACGAAGCCACGUCGCUCCCGAAUGUUGUUCUCAUGCACGCCAGCUUCGACAUCCACACCGAUCCCCUCCCCGGCAACGCCGAGAUCUGUAUUCGCGAAGAGUUUGACGCCCAGCCGGGUCUCGGCGUCUUUGAGCACUUUGAGUGUCGCACAACGUUCCUGCUCGACGGCGUCGAAACAGAAAAGGUCAGCGGCGAGAUCAAAGAACACGACAUUGAAGCGGGACGUCUGAGUGGCACGCCGUUUGGGAGCAUGUUCUGGGCCUAUCGGUUCACGCAGUUGGCCAAGAAGCUUCGUGAUACUGGCACCGGCGAUGGCGAGGGCAAUCGUGCCGAAGUCGCGGGGAUCCUGUCGCGCAUGUCCGCCGUCCAGGAGAUCUUUGCCAGCGGAGACAAGUGGCAGCGAAGCCAGCGCAUCCUGCUUGUGGCGUGGCGGUUCAGUCUCGCGCCCCUGGGUCUGCCGGGCACUUCGACGUGGCAUCGUGUGCGCGUGCCGAGCGCGGAUGAGGUUGCGUGUCUGACGGCGUCGGCGGCCGAUCUGGAGAUGCUGUAUGCCGGCCAGGCAAACCUCGAUCGCUACGCAGGCCACGGGCACGAUGAUCUAUAUUCGGCUACGGCUGCGGCUGCACCACCACCAACAACAACAGCAGGCGGCGAAUGUUCAAACUACGCAGAGAGCUUCCGCAGUGCCCUCACGACACCGCACACCGGCACGCCCGUCGACGAACGAACAUAUUUCGACGCAAGCACCACCGCCCAUGAAAUAACCACCCUCUCCGGCGCCGCCCUCGCAGAUCUAUCAACAACCACCGCAACCCUCGCGGAAAUGGCCUCUUGCGGCGGCGCACAGCUCGAGCACACACACGUCCAUCCACACAACGACGACGACGACGACACCAUCCAACCCGGCAUCGAAGACAGCGAGCCCCACACCCACACCCACCCCGCAAGCCUCUCCACAUCCACCUCCGCCCCCUCCCUCUCCCGCAGCACAAGCACAGACCACCUCCGCGCCUCCCCAGACUUCCCCCUCCAGCCCAGCAUCCAGGAAUUCUGCAUUGCCCCGAGCGCCGUCUACCAUGCUAUCCAGCAGCACGUCAGUCCGUCGCAGCUCACGCAUCAUGACGGUGAUGGUUGUGGCAUGGGCACGGCUGGGCAUGGGCAUGGGCAUGGACACGGGGGGGAUACGCAUCAUGCGGGUGCGUAUCAUCAUCAUUUUCAUCAUCAUCACGCGCAGCGCUGGGCGGGAAUAUAUGAUGAGUUGCUUGUGGGGCCGGAUGGUGUGGAGGUUGAGGGUGGGGAGGGCGGGUUCGAGGGGUUCGAGGGGUUGUGUGCUGGUGGUGGGGCGGUUGGAGGGGGGGUGGGGAGUGGGAAUGGGAAUGGGAAUGGGAAGGUUGAGGGGUGGGUUGGGGGGUUUUGA